UUUAAGUGUAUGUGAAAUCCUCGUGAGAGAUUUUCGUGUAUUGCAAAAUAGAAUCGUCGUGUAUUGCAGAUGGGAGAAAUGUAUACUAGACAGUUCCCUUAAUUUGGUUACAUGAUCAUUCCUUUCUCUUUUGUUUGAAACUAUCAUUUGGCACUAUGUAAUGUUGUUUUUCUUCGUUCAUUCUCAGAAAAUUUCUAUUUCUAAAUGGAAUUUUAAUUUUUAGUCACUGAUAGACACGCAUGGCGAUUAUAAUUGGAAAAUUUAAGGAGUCAUUUACGGUUUGUAACGCUGUCACAGUAAUUAUAAUGACAAGAUUAAGUCUACAUCAUUUUUGGAUUUUAGAUACAAAGCAAAUAUUUCUUAUUAAGUCAAGUUUCAUUAAAACAGAAAGUUCAUGAUUAUUAUUUAUUUUAAGUUCUUUGGAAAUAUCUCAUACUGAUAAGGACUGAGAUUAUUGUCAACAAAUUGUUGACAACAAUGAAUUGAGACCUGGUUCAGAUAUAAUUUCAUGGAGUUUGCUCUAAAAGUGAUUCCAUUUCUCUUUAUCUUAAUUUCGGUUAUGUGUUAUUAUUUGUUUAAUAAGGAAGUUGUACUUAUUGACUAUUGUGAACAUAAUUCCAAAAAUUUAAUAUUUAAUGAAGAACUUUGCAAUGAUAUACUUCAAGGAAAUAUUACAAUUGAUAAAAAUUAUUUCCAGAUGUUCAUCAACUUAUUUUCAACUAAACCCCUUUUUCGAGGAAAAUUCAAUAACAGCAGUGUGGUUUUAAAAACAACAGUUUCAGUAGACCAUGUAAAGAAACUGGAGAAUGACUUUUUAAGAAUAUUUACGAAUGUAUCAAAAGAUGACAAUAGUUUAUUGUUUGUUCAAAUGCAAGUUCAUUCAUUAAUCAAUAUACCUUAUGGUUCACCUGAGUUCUCUAAGUUGAGACUAUGUCCCGUUAAUAGCAAUGUUGAAAGGUUUUUUAAUAAAAUCUCUGGAUUCUCUCAUGAAGUUCAUGAUUAUCUUCAAUUAUGGACCAUUUUAAGUUCUAAUCCAGAACCAUUGAUUAUGAAGAUGUUAGAUCCGAAAGUAUGGCCAGUUCCUCAGUAUUUUGGGAGCUGUGGUCAAUUAAUUGUAGUUGAAGACUGUGGCCUAACUUUAACAAAUUAUUAUGAUUCAGAUUGGGACAUAAGGGCAAAUUUAUCUUAUCAACUUCUUGAAAACGCUGUUAAAUUUACUUUUCAAGAUCCUGAUUUUGCCUACUAUAUGACAGACAUUAGCCCUGAUAAUAUCGCUGUUACUCGAGAAGGAGUUGUGAAAUAUAUUGACCUCGAACAUUUUAUUCUAAUUGACAAGAACAGUAAAGGAAGCAGCCGAUAUUAUAUUGUAUGAAUUAUUGCACAUUACUCAGUUGCACUUUGACAGAUAGCAGUAUGGCUGUUAGAUAUCAAGAUGUUAUGAAUUGGAAAUUUUAUUCUAAAUCUUGAUAAUUAGAGAAACUAUGAUCAAAGGGCCAGAUGAUUGGUUGGUCAAUCACACAAGUAGGCAUUACGAUUGCUCUAAUUGCUUAACAUUUGAACCAGAUGAAAUAUGCUCUCAUCAAGUCAGUGAUCAUAAUAUUUACGCUGUGUGUAAGGAAAUUUUAUCUGAUAGUGAGUUGCUGCCUGGAGGUUUUCUUCAUUCUGUGCCUGUACCACAAUUACAUCUUAUCAACCAUUUUAUUGAAGAAUGUAUUCAGCCAAGGGAAUUCUCCAGAUUUGAAACUGCAGAAAGAAUUAUGUAUUUACUGCAAAAAUAUAUUUAACACCUCAUACUUAAUGUAAAAGUAAUUUUAUAUGAAACCUGUUUCCAAGUAACAUAAAUAUAUUUGUGAUUUAUAUCUUUUACUAGGUUAGUCAUUAUUUGUUUAAGAUGUUAACAUAUUUUAGUGACUAAUUAAUCACUAAUAAAUUGGACCCAUAUUUA